GGCCGCCCGAGGAGGAAGGGGCGGUGGAAGAGGAGGAGCAGGAGGUGACAAACUCUCGGCGGCUCGGCUCGGUUCGGCUCGGCGCGGCGCGGCCGGCAGCCAGCGGUCAGGCAUGCAGGCGCGGCGUCUAGCCAAGCGCUCCAGCCUGGGCAGCCGCCGGGGGGGCGCCGCGCUGCAGCCGCCCGCACUUGCGCCCGCCCGGGAGAGCGCCCUGCCCGGACUCCCGCCUCCCGCCCCGGGCCCGGCCCCGGAGAGCUGGAGGCCGCCGCUGCCGCUGCCGCCGCCGCCGCCGCGCAGCGCGGGGACCGGCCCCCUCCGGGCCGCCGCCGCCGCCUCGUCGCCCGUGUUGCUGCUUCUGGGGGAGGAAGACGAGGACGAGGAGGGCGGGAGCCGGCGACGGAGGGGGCUCGGGCGGGUGGAAGAGAAGCCCCGAGGGGGCGCGGAGGAGGAAGAUGAGGACGAGGAAGACGAGGACGAGGAGGUGGUCGUCGAGGUGGUGGACGGCGACGACGACGAGGAAGACGGAGAGGAGCGCUUCGUGCCCCUCGGCCCGGGCCGCGCGCUCCCCAAGGGCCCUGCCUGGGGCGCCUUGAAGGUGGGAAGCAUUAAACGGGAAAUGACCUUCACAUUUCAGCCAGAGGACUUAAAGCGUGACUCUAGUAAAAAAAUAUCUCAUCAGCACCUGUUUCCCUUGGCCAUGGAGGAAGAUGUGAAAACAGCAGACUCAAAAAAAGCCAACCGAACACUUGACCAUGAAAAAGAAAACACCCGCUCCAUUUGUCUCCUUGAGCAAAAACGAAAAGUUGUUUCUUCCAAUAUUGAUGUUCCUCCAGCAAGGAAAUCUUCAGAGGAACUGGACAUGGACAAGGUCACAGCAGCAAUGGUACUAACCAGCUUGUCCACCAGCCCUUUGGUUCGAAGUCCUCCAGUACGGCCAAAUGAGAGCCUGAGCGGAUCCUGGAAGGACGGAGGAGGUGUGCCUUCCAGUACCAGCAGCAGCGGCUACUGGAGCUGGAGCGCCCCCAGCGACCAGUCCAACCCGUCCACGCCGUCCCCGCCGCUGUCGGCAGACAGCUUCAAGCCUUUCCGCAGCCCCGCACCCACAGACGACGGCAUCGAUGAGGCAGAGGCCAGCAACCUUCUCUUUGACGAGCCCAUUCCAAGGAAAAGAAAGAACUCCAUGAAGGUGAUGUUUAAAUGCCUCUGGAAAAACUGUGGAAAGGUGCUGAGCACUGCAGCAGGUAUCCAGAAACACAUCCGGACCAUUCAUCUCGGGCGUGUUGGGGACUCGGACUACAGUGAUGGAGAAGAGGACUUCUACUACACUGAGAUCAAGCUCAACACAGACUCGGUGGCAGACGGGCUGAGCAGCCUGGCCCCUGUUUCCCCCUCCCAGUCCCUGGCUUCACCUCCUACUUUCCCCAUCCCAGAUUCAAGCCGAGCAGAAACUCCUUGUGCCAAAACUGAGACUAAACUGAUGACACCUUUGAGCCGCUCAGCUCCCACCACCCUCUACCUCGUGCACACGGACCACGCUUACCAGGCCACGCCCCCCAUGACCAUUCCAGGAUCUGCCAAGUUCACCCCCAAUGGCAGCAGCUUCAGCAUUUCUUGGCAAUCUCCUCCAGUUACCUUCACAGGCAUUCCAGUGUCACCAACACAUAAUCAUCCAGUGGCCAUAGGAGAGCAGAGGCAUCAUACCCACACUGUCUUGUCCUCCCCACCCAGAGGAACUGUCAGCCUAAGGAAGCCCAGAGGAGAGGGCAAAAAGUGCAGGAAGGUAUAUGGCAUGGAGAAUCGAGACAUGUGGUGCACUGCCUGCCGCUGGAAAAAGGCCUGCCAGAGAUUCAUUGACUGAAACUCCCACGAGCAGUGGGGCCAACGCCCAGUCACCCUGGCCCUUGCCUUCUCCUGCAGGUUUGGGAAAGCACUUUUUCUGCCAAACAAGAUGCACUUAAAUUUCAGGAAAAGAAACUUCCAUAACCAUUGGCAGGAAGGAUGGAAGGAAGGAAGGGAGGGAGGGAGGAAGGAAGGAAGGAAGGAAGGAAGGAAGGAAGGAAGGAAGGAAGGAAGGAAGGAAGAAAAGGAGGAAGGGAGGGAAUGGAAAGAGAAAGGUCUUGCUGAGAAUUCAACCUCAAGCAACCACAGCUGAACUUUUUCCUUGAAAAGCAAAGUCAACUUUUUUGCUAUCUAAGUCAGGAAGCUGGACUUCUAUAGCAAUGGUUCCAACCAAGCCCAUUUUACCUAGAAAAGAGGCAUGUUUUGAUAAGCUUUCUGAAAAAAUAUAUAUAUACCAUUUCUGAGGUUUUUUUUUUUUUUUUUUUUUUUGACAUUUCAAAAGAGAAGCUACAUGUGACCCAGUAGCAUUUGAACAAAGAACAGUAUCUGCUUUCCUUGUGAAUAGUCUUUUCUCUGUUUUCCAUUUGACUUCUUGGAGCAAUGCACAUCAUGAUGUGUUUUGCAAGGAAGUGCAGCACUCUGGGUAUCUUUUCUAUCUUUUGUUUGUUUUGUUUUGCUUUGUUGUGAAGAAUGGCCCCACUGAACCAUAGUAGAGGUGUUAGGCUGUGGGAGCCAAAUAGCCGAAACAAGAAAAGAGUGACAGUGGAAAUCACCAGCAGACUUCAGGUCAGUCAUGUUCCAAACAUCCAGCUGACACUUUUGGGAAACAUCUCGGCAUCUUCCUUGGAUUUCGAAGAAGCCUUUGCCCAAGAGGUGGCACAACUAAGUUUCACUCUACCACCAUUCCAUCAAGAACUGGGACGCAAAGCUCGGUGGGUAAGCUGCAAAGCUCCUUGCAGGGAUGUGAUGCAAAUCACAGCUCUGAGCAAGCUGCUUAUUACCACUCAUCUGACUGAGUUAUUGCCAGGUGAAUGGUCACUUGGCCUUCCCUCAAAACUUUACCACUGACUAGCCUCAGAAAGAGGAACUCCAAACUCUCCCAGCAGGUUUGCUUUAGGCAGCAGAGCACAACCUUGGCGUCACGUCCCACAUGUUCAGAAAAAUCACGGGAGGUCAACUCGCCAACGUCCAUCCUGAGUGCACUUUCAUAGGUUUUAUGCUUUAGCAUGUCUGGGAGAUGGGUUAAUGGACAAUAUAAACAUUAGAUGGGCAAAUGGAAGGCCCAAAACUUUUAUUUUUCUUAAGAAAAUACUGGAGGAAUUCACGAAGAAUUCACUCAGAAAGGAGCAUACGUAACACCAAAAGGAAAAUGCAUAUUGGUAUGGGAAUCUCUCAGUUUGGUAGGACCGGGGCUUGUGCUAUGUUCCACUAUUCAGGCUUUCUAGCCUGAUGUGUUUGUUUGUAUACUUACUUGCUUUCUGGUUUUGCUGGUAGUUGUGUCAGGGAGAGGUGAGUAGUUGUCAGGCCCUGUAAGUAAGCCUCUUCUCUUUCUCAGAUGCCCUGCUAAAGAGUUAUUUCUCCUAUACCUAUACAAAGAAGUAAGAGCACCUUAUAGGAUGCACUGUGUUGGGGUGAGGGCUUAGAAUCAGCCAUAGGAAUGUUAAAUGAAAUUGCACAGAGGAAAAGUCUAAUUUAUGUUUAGAGAUUGUACAUAUGCUUUUUUGUAAAGAGUAGAAAGGAGUCAUCUAAGAAUAACAGAUGCUCUUUCCUUAUAAGCUGGGAAAAUAGGAUGAGGUUCUGGGUUGGAAUACCCACAGGCUGUGCAUUCGUGUAUUUUGACAAUUUUAGUUUUUCACCUCUCAGAUGACUUUUUAAACAUUAUCCCUUAGAAAAGAUCUUGUAUUCCUAAAUUUAUAUUUUCUUUAAAAGCCUUUAUUUCAAGAGAGCAGAAGAGUUUUUUGUAAUUUUAAUCAUCAUUAUCGCUGAACACUAGCCACACCCUCAGCUACACUAGAUGUUUUAGUACACAAGGUCAGCCAAGAAAGGACAUUCCAUUUGUCCUUGUCAAGACUUCCCCACUCUGGGCUGAUUUUUUUCAGAAAGACAGACAGAGAGGGAAAGAUGCCACAAUGCCUAAGCUCCCUCCGGUGCGGUGGUGGCUAGGCUCAAAUCUGAGUCACGCACAUGGCAAAGCAAGUGCACUAUCCAAAUGAGCUAUUUUGCCGUCCCAUGAAAGGGCAUUGUUUUAAUGGGAGAAAGUAUUUUCAGCCUCUACUCCAGCGUGUCCUUUCUACCUAAUGGUGUCUUAUGCUCCACCGACAGGUACUCUCUACUGUGAGUGUAUGUUCUGUCUUGGCUACAGAGAUUCUGAGCUAUGGGACACGUUGCCCAGUAGCUGCAAUAAGUCAGGGUUAGCCAGCUAUUUCAGUAGGUUCCCCAGGUAUGUAAAUGAUGGGCAGAGUGCAGAUCUGAAGCAGGGGAUUGAUUUCCUCUUCAUCAAAGCUCCCUGACCCUUGAUGCUUGAAUUAAGUUAGUAAUCAAAAAAUAUUGAAAUGCUUCAGGACUAUACUCAUUCCCAUCUCUCAAAACUUUAAAACACACAGAGAAAGAGAUUUUGUUUUUCCUGGGGAGCAGUUCUGGGUUACAACUCUGUGCUUCUCCACACAGAGACUCAAUCCAAGGGUGGUUUUGAGCUCUGGCCUAAGUCAAGCUCAGCCCAAGGAAUAUAGAAGAGGAACAUUAAAUGUGGCUUCCCUGGAAUUUCUUCUGCUUUCUGAAACCCUCUUUACAUGUACUCCCACCUUUAUGGGGACCUGGGGCUCUGUGCACCCUCUUGUCUGGCACUCGGGUGCACACAGACCCUCAAUAUCAUCUGCAGCUGCCACCCCCUGCCACACACACCCACACCCACACCCUGUAAGAAGACAUGGAGUAACUAGGGGCCAUCAAGCUUCUCCUGACUGGCCUUAAAGCAAAUGAAUUAAGCUUCUCAUAAAUCAUCCAAAAAGUUAUGAAUUGUAAUAUACAGCUGCUGAUUGUAAAUGCUGAAACCUUUUUAAAGUAGAGCUAUUUUGCUACCUAUUUGGAGUGAAACAAAUGUGCCAAAUUAAGCCAGACAUGCAUUUUGUGCCAUCUCUGUGGUCCCUCAUUCUUUCAUGUCUUCGGUUGGUAAGAUGAAGAGGAGAGUGAGUGGGAAAGGCAUUCCCACAGACUCUCAGAGAUCUAUCUGUCUGUGCAAAAGGAGUAGCAAUACAAUGGAUUCUGGUCACAAAGUGUUUCUAAGUAAGGCCUGUGGUAUCUUCUGACCUUUAUACUCCUUUGAUAGUCCUUCCUUCAGAAAAGACAGCAUUUCAUAAGUGACAGGCAGGUAUUUCUUGGGUAGCCCUGUAGCAAGCACUGUUCAUCAGACAGUGGUUUUUAAAGCUCUGCCCAGAAAGUAUGCACCAGUUUGUAGGAGGGCAGUGUGACAAUUCAGAGAACAAAUCCAGUGGCAGGUGGAUCGGGGGACAGAUAUGAGAUACAAAAGGACACAUAUCUCCAUCAUCUUCUUGGUGGUGACUUCCCUGGCCAGUCCAAGGGAGCUACUUCCCUCUCUCUCUCUCUCUCCCCUCCCCACCUGAAACAUGGAACAAGUUACUGUAAGGGGAGACCAACAGUGCAGGUCUGCCAUGUACAUCUCUGGUGGUCACAGACUUCUCUUCACCUCACUUGCUGGAAAUUCUCCUGCCUUGAUUGGCAAAAGUCUGUGUCAGAAAGUAGGCAGUGGGUUUCUGAACAAGCAGUGUGCAUGUGCAGCUGCAAUGCGCCUGCCAGUAACUUCACUCAUCCAACAAGGUGCUGUGUAUUAAAGACCAUCCCUUGCUAAGUCUAAUGCAAAUGGAAUUUUUCAGUAGAGAAUGACCCAUCACAGUUGGGUUCAAAAGGUUCUAAGGAAAUGGGUUACCUGUAUGUUGCAAAACUGAAACACCCUUACCAAAUUUUGAGUUAAAAUGCUUUAAAUUUGUUCUCUGGUGUCACACUAAAGCCAGCAACCCCUGGGUUCCAAAUAAGACAGUGAAUCCAUUUCCCCUCCUCAGACUUCAUUGGAAACUGAAAGUGUAGCAUUGACUUGUUUGGUCUGGGGGAAAAAAAUGUGGCCAGAAUUGUACAUAUAGGAGAGAAUACUCUUGAGAAUAGUAGCAAAAUACUGUAAAUAAUGUUCAUUUCCUCAGGGAAAUUUUAAAAGUAUGUGAAAAAAAGAAAUCUGGUGGAUCCUAAGACUAGGGAGGUUUUAAUUGUUCAUAGAAUCUUUUCUAGUCAGAAAAAAAAAUAUUAUGAACAGGCUAUCAUUUCAAGACAGAUGUAUGUGAGCCAGUUAAUACUGACUUUUGAGGGACAGAGGAGUGCUCUAUGAAAACACACUAUUUUGUAGCUGAUCUAAGUCUAAAACUGGCAUUUGAACCAUAGGUGCAGACCCUGGUGGGUAUUUAUAGACUCAUAGGAGGCUUUUUCUGAAUGUAAUUGUGAAUAUGAAGUCUUGGUGUUCCUUUUUAUAAUCAUCUGAUUUGGUGACUGCCUAUUAGCUAUAAGCAGAAAUCUUUCUAUAGGCUGAAGUCAGUGAAGAUGUGCAUUUUGCUUUGAUAGCAUGUUAAGAAACAAACUUCCAUGGACUUUUGUAGACAAGAUGCUGCUUUUUCUCAUGACCCUGUAGAAUUUCUAUCAACUACAUCAAGUGUAGUGUUGACCUGUAUGAACGCAGGGAAGAAUCUGUGCAUACCAAUAAGUGGAAACAGCAGGAUUCAUGAAUAUGAAUGAGGAUGUGGUUUUUUUAAAGGAUGUACUGGGCCCAUGGGUCAACUGGAAACUUUAUUUCUCUAAGAAAAUAACCCUCCUGGCAGCAUACAGGCUCUCCCUGCUCCUCAGACCCAUGGAGAUCCUUCUAUAUUGGAACUGUUUCACUGUAUCUUUUUGCUUGUAACUAAUCAAACCAGACAUAAGAAAAUAAGAGAUCAGCACUUUUAGGCAUCAGUUGUAUCACUAAGUAAUGCACAGCAGUUGAGAAGACAGCAUAAAGUGUAUUUAAGACUGUCUGGUUUACUUCUUGUGACUGACUUUGAAAAAAGUUUAUUUGAUACAGUACAUGCUUUAAAUGGUGUAUCUAUUGUUGGACCAGAAAUCAAGAUGAAAUUUUCACUUCUGGUCCAGAUGUUUUGUAAAUAGCUCCUCUUUUUAAGACAAUCUCAUGUUUUAUAACUUUUCUUGUGGGGCUGAGAAUCACAAUGGUAUUGUGUUGUGUCAAAAUGUAAUCUUAAAGACAAUAGUAAUUAUAACUUAAUUUUCCAAAUAAGACAAGAAUCUACUGUUUAGGCUUCUACAAUUCUAAGAACUAUGACACUUUUAUAAUAAGCAUUAAUAGUUCUCAAGUAUUACAGGAUGCUGUGUUUUGUAAUCACAGAGAACAUGAACAUUUUGUGGGAAAUGACCUUGGUUUUAUACAUUGUAGCUUAUUUUUUAAAAUACAGUAUUUUGCUAGACAGGAAGUGUUAAUAUUAUAAGCAAUUCCUGCUCUCCAAACAAAGGGCUAUGCCUCUUUUCAGCAGCUGUUUUGAUGCAUAUCUUUUCAAUUAACCCUCUGCAGCAAAGAUAGGAAAAUAAAACUGAUGGAAAGGGUACUACAAGAGAAUCAAGAUGGUAACAGUUACUCCCUUUAUCACUAGCAGUGUGUUUUCAGAGUUUUUUUUUUUUGAGAAAGACCUCUAUCACUUGAAUCCUAUAUAACUCAAAUCUUUAAAUUUUUUAUAGUGAUGCAUUUAGACAAUGGGAAAAAAUAGUCUUGUAAAUUAUCUAAUAUAAAAUAAUAGACUGUCACCAAAACAAGUUUACUUCUCAGCCUACCAGAACCACAAACUUGUUUUUAUCUGGCAAAUACUGUUCAGUAGAAUUUUCUAAAAUCAUGAUAGGUAAGCCAGGGGGAAUUUUCAGGUGAUCAGUAGUGUUUUCUUCUACACUAAUUUUAAUUUCUUUAUCAGAACAAAUGUCUGAUUUUCACAAAACUUUCACAGACAUACCAGGUUGAAAUCAAGAAAGUAACUAUAUUCCCAAGAAUCAGGAAACAAGGAGGGGAGCCAUGGAGAGUUUAUUAACUGCACAAAUAAUUCUGAACUUUGCCAAAUCCGCAUUUCAUAGUGCUGUACUGUUUUUAUUUCUAGCCCACUCACUGUUAAAAUGAGAAAGCAUCUUUUCUUUCUAAGAUUUUAGCAAUUCACAAGCUAGACUAAUUAGCCAAAUAUGCAGACAACUUCAAAAGAAAAGCUGGGAUAGAAUGGCCACACACCCAUUGGGAAACUUUUAUGAAGUGGUCAGAGAGUCACUCAGAUCUCUCUUUCAAAUCUGGGGAUCUCAUAAACUAGUCAUUUAUUUUUGCAUAGAAAAAUACAUGAAGCUAGAGCUGAGCAGUGCUCUGGUAAAAAUGAAAUUAAAUAAAAUAUUGAUGAGGAUAGACAGCAUAAUGUUUAGGCACAGAGCCUAAGGCUCCUAAGUCCCAGGUUCAAUCCCCCAUACCACCAUAAGCCAGAGCUAUACAGUGCUCUGGUAAAAAGAAAAAGAAAUGAAAUGAAAACUAUAGGUAAGUACAUCAUGACUUUUCCAACAGACCCCAAUAGGUUUUGGAAUUUGCAUACAGGAAGAGUAGAUGCAUGGAGUUAGGGGAAAACAGACACAGGAGUGACUCCCAGUCUCUGAGAUGAUGUAGUCUACAAAUCUCUGUCUUCAUUCUCUUGGAAUAUCUUCAUAAUAAGCAUUAAUGUCCUCAAGAAGUAUUUUUUGCUUUAUGGUUUGAAACCAAAUGUUUCAUCUUUAAGUAGAAGCUUCCUAAUGGUAGAUAACAGAUGCUUUAGAGGGCCAGGCAAGUUCUGCAAAUAAGUAGUUCAAUAAACAGAGAGACUCUUGAAAAUGGUAGCGUUUGUGGAAACCAAACAAUACAUGCCUCCUUUGAACAAGGACCCCACACUUAACUCUAGACAAUCAGAACCACUCAAGAAUCUGGCUCAGGGCUGUUUGAUCUUUUGACUUGGAAAUAUGGUAUUACCUGACAUUUAAAUGUUGACAACCAACCCAGACUCUUGACCAACACUGUGUAGACCAAAGAAAAUCCACAUGUGGGUAGAUGCAGCCUUUGGCCACCAGUUCCAGGUAUUGGGAAUCACAUUUCACAUUCCAUGGCCAUCAUGUCAAGUUUCCUCCUCAGCCCCACCAAUUCACAUAGUGGCAUUGUCUCGACAACUAAAAUCAAAGAAGGGAAAGAAGUCAGUUCUCCCCAGAAAUAAGUCAUAUAAGACUUGAAUAUAGAAAUAUCUUUAGGUCAAACUUUAUUUAUAGUUUCAGCUAUGCUUCUUCUCUAUAGGAGAGAUGUAGAAAACAGAAGUAACCGGAGAAAAAGAGAUGAUGAAAUAUAACCAAGAUGUCAUGACAAAAAAAAAAAAAAAAAGACAAAUAUCUUUAAACUAGCUUUGCCUCUGAUGAAAGUAUAGUGGAACAUUACCCAGGGAGUCAGGCAGUAGCACAGCAGGUUAAGUGCACGUGGCACAAAGUGCAAGGACUGGUUAAGAUCCCGGUUCGAGCCCCCAGCUCCCUACCUGCAAGGGAGUCGCUUCACAGGCGGUGAAGCAGAUCUGCAGGCAUCUCUCUGUCUCUCUUCCUCUCUGUCUCCCCUUCUCUCUCAGUUUCUCUCUGUCUCUACCCAAUAACAAAUUAAUUAAUUUUUAAAAUUUUUUUUAAAAGAAAUAGUAUCCAGUUCUCUCAUUUUAUCUUUCUGUUGUGCCCAGGCCAUGCCCCAAAGCAUUGGAUCAUUGUAAUCCUGACUUUAACUACUUUCACUGCCGUGACCACUGUGAUGAGGGGCUGGCAGAGAACAGCUUGUGCCUUCAGAGAAGGCAACUAGGAGCCCUGCAGUUUAAAGAUAGCACACGUUGCCUCCUUGUGCCAAAGUGCUUGCCAGCCCCUCCACAUUUCUUCUAGCUCCAUCCUGUCCCACCAGUUUUGUUCUAGUGUGAAAUUGGUUUGUUGUUGCUGUUGUUGUUUAAUCUUUGACAUGAUAAAAUAUCUGCUUCAGAACUGGCUGGUACCUAGGUAUUUUGAAAUGUCCACUAACCUCAAAAUGGAAUUUUCUCACAUAGAACUCCUUGGUAUCUUUGUCUGAGGUAAAGAAAAAAUAUACUGUAUCAUGGGGAAAAAAAUUUAUGUCACUUCCUUCACUGGGAUGAAUUAGAUUAUCUUGAACUACAUUUAAAAGCAGAGUAAAACCACCCCAACCAGAUGGUAUUGGGAUAACACUAACUUCUGCAUAUAUAAUAAAAUGUAUCCCUUUUGAUUAUAACCCUAACGCUAUUUGACCUUCUUAAGAACCAAGUGAAGGGUAGGAAUAUUUAGUAUCACCAAGUUUCCUUUCAAAUGUGAGGCAGCCUCACUACUGCUUGCAAGGAGGGAAAAAAAAAAAAAGAUUUAUUAACAGGUUGGCUUAGACCUUACUCUUCCAGAAUGACUCUGCCACCUGAGAAGACCAGAGAGACCCACCAUGUACUCUGCUUAUCCUUUCCAUUCAGGACUUUCAGAGUGUAAGAGCUUACUAAUUCACUUUGUUAAAUACAAACGUAAUUAUCCUCAAGUGGAUCCCUUUACUGUGGUUACCCUGUUCCUAUCCCUUCAGCUUCAGCUAUUUAAGUGGUUAAUUAUAGGAGCCUGUUAGCUAAUUUGAUGUCUGAGUAAAAGUUUUGACUCCCUGGGAGCAAAUUAUUUUUCUGCUUACAUGCAACACUUCUUGUGUAUGCAAACAUAAUUUGGUGCCAGAAACUUUUAACGCAGCUUAUAAUGAUCCAGUCAAAAAAGUCUAUCAGCUCAAAGUUGGAAACACCUGGUGAUAUGGUUAAGUAAUGUUUAGAUAGGAUGGCAAUCUAAUUGACAUUAUCAGUGACUAAGAAUUGUGACUGUGAGCAAUUAAAAGCCAGCCCAAUUCAUGCAUAGGUCUCAUCCUACCAUUCUCCAGUUAGUUUACCAGUUAUGGGACCUAAAUCAUUUUGGCCUGCCACCUAUUUUAUUAACAGACUUUGUGGCAAUUGAUACGUUCAUUAUGUUUCUAAAGAAAUACAGUACUGGAAAAGAAAAUAAGCAUUUUCCUUCUCUGCUAGGGGGAAAACAGACAUUCUUUUUAUAUUUAUUUUGUUUAUUCCCUUCUUAUUGCCCUUGUUGUUUUAAUGUUGUAGUUAUUAUUGUUGUUAUUGAUGUCAUUGUUGGCUAGGACAGAGAGAAAUGGAGAGAGGAGGAGAAAGAUAGACCUGCAGACCUGCUUCAUCACUUGUGAAGUGACUCCCCUACAGGUGGGGAGCCAGGGGCUCGAACCGAGAUCCUUACGCCGGUCCUUGGGCUUUGCACCACAUGCACUUAACCUGCUGCGCUACCACCUGACUCUCCGAAAAAAGACAUUUUAUAAUACUCAGCAUCAGUGUCUUGACAGUAGCAAGAUCUAAAGAAACUGAAGAUUCAGCAAACAAGAAGACAGCUAUCGUUUCAAAGGAAAGUAACUAUAGAUUUUGGGAAAAAGUGACAGGAUAAAUUACAGUCCUUGUUUUGUUUUGCUUUGCUUUGUUUUGCUUAAAGUAUUCUUUACACAAUGGGUGCCAUCCAUACUAUGAUUAACUGCAAGCUUCCUAGCAGAAAGUUUCUUUAUAUUAAAAAAUACUAAAAAUUAAUUCUUGAAUCUACUUAACUGUUACAUUUCCUAACUAUGGAUAAUUCCCUACAUUUUUUAUUCUAAAAAUUAGAAAAUAGAGUGCUGUCAUUAAAGAUAGACAUUUUCUUUAAAUAUGAAAAAAAAACAAGAAGAAGAAAGCAGCUCAUCUCUUUUCUUCUGGAUUUUCUAUAUGCCCAACUGCAGAGGGAAGGUCAUCACUUUGGAGAAGAAAUUAAUCUGUGAGAUGGAGAGGGGGAGGAGAGGGAGAGAUGGGGAGAGAGAGAGAGAGAAAAAAAAAAAAAAAUCCCAACCCCAGUUAUUAGGCUUGGCUUCCCCAUAUUGGUGUCUACUUCACAUUUGCUAGAUUUAAAUGUUAUUCUGUCCUCCCUGCCUUCAUCUCCCUGAGCUACAGGCCAGCCUGUCCCUAAACUCUAGACUAAACACUCUUGCAUCUGUGCAGCUGAUUUCUGUGAAAUGGAAGUCCACAGGGAUUGAGUAUCCCAUGAAUAACAUAUUGGGCUCAGUCAGUGAGGCUAAUGCCUUCCUUCCUUAAAGGGGAAAUUUCCAUCUGUCUGGAUAGUUUUAAGGGCGAUCUUUCAAAGAGCAGAUUGAUGAGUUUACAACCUUCAGACUCACUGAAUACUGACAAGACAGAUACCUAAUCUUUUCACUUUGACUCAAAGCCCCUCAGACAAGUCAGCCUCCCCACUGUCCCUUCAGCUGUGAGAAAUAAUGAAAUGAUUACAACCAUCAAGGUAGUACUUGAAGAUAAUAAUUUCACUUUUUUUUUCUUACUACACAAGUGCUCUACAGAUUCCAAGCAUCCCUUUAAUUCAAAUGGCAUUACUUGCAGAAAUAAUUUUUUUAAAGCAUUUCUAUUGGUGAUUGAAUUAUGGUAUACAAAACUAUAAGAUCAGCAUCAUAUUUAAUAACUCCAAGCCCUGACCUCUGGUCACAACUAUGAGAGGAAGACAAAAAAAAAAAAAGACACUUAUAUGAAAAGGAAGUGGCUCCUGAAAGGUAUAAUUGUUUUAGCCCUUCUGUUUAUGGAAAUUCAAAUAAGGAAGGCUCCAGUUCAUUUAAAUUGUUAAGCACUUAACCCUCAGCCAGGGACACUCCCCUCCCACCCCCACUUGUGGCAGGGCUAACUGAGACCAAGAGGAAGGAGGUGGAGUUUGGGAGAUAGCAGCUUCAGAGUUGGAAUCACCCCCUCAGGGAUCUAUAGUGUAACAUAAUUAUAAAUUCCCCCAACCCCAUGCCAGAAAAAGAAUGCAUCACUCCACAGAUUACAGGACCUUAUUUUUCUUUCUUAGGCUUUCCCCACACAUUCUGUUAAUUGGAAAGCAAUGACUGUGACUUGACCAAGCCCUGUGAUGAUAUAGAAGCCCUUCUUCCAAAGUAUCUUCAUUGGGGAAGCUCUGUGAUCACUGGUGGAAAGCUUUAGAGUAGAUUUAGAUUUUUAGGGAAGAACUCUAUACCCCCAAAACAUACUUGUUCCAUGCCUUCCAUAACGAAAAUGUUCCAGGUGUAAAAAUCAAGCUGGAAUAUGGAUCAUAUAUGUUUUUUUAAGCCAUUAAUCAGUAUUUUCCUACAACAUGCCUAAAAUUCCUAUUUUUUUAAUCCAUAGCUGGUGAUGGCCAGCCAUUUAAAUAUGAUGUUCUCUGGAAUAACCAGACACUAGUGUAGUUUCCAAUGUAUUUCAUCUAUCAAAAUCUAUAUACUUAGGAAAAAAGAUCUCAGGAUAAGAAAAAAAAUUGCUAGGUCCCAAAGGGUUUAUGACUAUCAUUAAAUGACACUGCCAAGUAGACUAAGGUCAUAUUUCUCAAAUGAAGGGGCUAAGAGAAAAAGUUAUAUAUAUAACAAAAACCCCUCUUGCCCUUAAUCUGUAAUAAGUUUUUUAAAAGGGAAAAAGAAAAACUCUGCUUUUCAAAAUUAAGCCAUCUUUUGAAUUACACAAAAUCUAAGACAUUAGAAUUGAAUUAUGAAAUAUUCAAAAUAGGGUAUUUAGUGGAAAUGUUCUCAGUGGAAAGCAUUGUUUUUAGUGAAAGAGAAAGACUAAAGAGAAAGAGGAGUCCUGCUACUAAAAUGACAGAAAUUAAUUUUUGACUGGGCAGUAAUUCAAAAGCAAUGUGUAAUGCUAUCCAAUUUGUAGAGAUCUUUUUAAAUACAACCUUACCACCAUUUACAGGUAAGUACUUACUUACAAAACUCUUUAAUAUUAGUGAAGGAAUGUAUAAAACUACAAACUAUGCAUUUUCAAAAAAUAAUGUGUAUUUUACAUCUAAUCCAAGUAAAUUUUUUUCACAGAGACUUAUCACAGCAGCAAAUUAUCCAAAAUAAACUAUGAAACAUAUCAUUCCGGGGCUGUAGACUCCCAUCUAUAUUCUUCUAGCUGAUGUCUUUAAAAACAAUGCCUUGAGACUUCAGGCCCUAAAUAAAUUUAGUCAUUAAGGUGAAGACAUGCCAUAUGGUUUGUAUUUUACUUCUUAAGUAUAACUAGGAAAUGUUGGUUGUGAUAAAAAUAUACCCAGCUCUUUAAAGAUGGUUAUUCCUGCAACACUGAAUACACAUGCAAAAGUAAAUAAAGUUGACUUGAGAGGCAUUGGUUAAUAGGUUGUGUUUGUUCUGUUUAAAUAUUAAUCUAAGAAAAAGUAUAUUCUUCAAAGGAUUUUUGAUUAUAUAGUUUCAAAGAACAACAUAUAAAAAUAUUAUCUAGUAAAGCAAAAUAUUGCUCUAUUUUCAAAAUUACUUGCGAUAAAGAUUUAUAUUUUGGAAAGUCCAAAUAGAAUAUACAAACAUUUCCUUGACCCUCUUGAUGAUUUUGUAUUUCCAUGAACCUCCCCCCACUUAAUAAUUUACCUUUGAUCCUUAGUCAAUGCAUUGCUAUUCAGCAUGGAAAACAAAUCUUUCCUUCCUCUGACAAUGUGAAAUAAAGAACUCCAUUUCUCUGCUAUCCUGGUUCUCUUCUAUGUCCAUUGAGAAAGUUUCUCAAUGUGUGUGUAGAAUAUGGAGAAAUACACUUCUAAAACCUGGUAUUGAUGGUUAUACUGGAUGUGUCUGCUACCUAUUGAGAAGUUACUAGGGGCAGGGGUAUGUCUUUUUAUAUGAUUUUUAGCCAAAUUCUGAUAUUCUGAUACUACAUUACUGAAUACCUAUGUGACUGUAAA